AUGUCGUUCAGUAGCGGUCAUGUAGAGCAGAGACCCCCCAAAUCACUAUUCGCAAGAAAGCUACUUGUGGUGCCUUCUUUCGUCAGCCUCGCCAAUGAGACGGAAGUGGUUAAAGUCGUCGUUGGACAAGCUCCGCCGUCGACCUGGGUGAUUCAUGAAACUCUUUUAACCACCACUUCUCGAUUUGCAAAGUCGGCGCUCUCGUUGCCAUUCCUCGAGAAGGGAGAACGAACCAUCAAAUUGCCCGAAGAAAACCCGGCAAUAUUCGAAUCCUUUGUCAGAUUUCUCUACACCAACGUCGUCGAUUUCUCUUCUUUGGACAGCGGUAUUGAGCUCUAUCUACUUGCUGAUCGAUUACAAGCAUCUACCCUCUGCGACAAGAUUUUCACCGCAAUUACUUUCGAGGUCGACACUUUCACCACCGAGCAAAUUUUGCACGUCCUUAAUAACACCCCGACCUCGGACAAGUUGCAUCACGCAUGCAUUCAACGGAUCUGCCGAGACAUUCGUUUUAACAAAUACCAUGCCGGUGUGUCAGUGACACGAGAGCUGUGUGAGAAGCACUCGUGGGAGAUCCUGGCCCUUCUACUUGGAAAGCACGAUGAAAUUGUCAAGGCACCAGUGGUGCAUCCGGAUAAAAGCAGUUCUGAAGCAGCAAAACCUCAUGCCGCCGAUGGUACGGGGAAACGUUCAAUAUUCGGAAGCCCUUCUUUCAGCUUCUCUUUGCCUGCAUCAACAUCGAAUGGAGACUCAACCAACCUGUUUUCUUCACAACAGAAACCUCUCUCCGUGUUCAGCUUCGGUACUCAGCCUGCAUCAUUGAAUCCGUCCGCGAAUGUGAGUGCUGCAACUUCAAAUGCCAAUCCUCAUUCUACAAGUCUGUUUGGGGUAACAUCGAGCUCAACGCACUUGGCGGUGACACCCACAUCAUCUGCCUUGGGCAAGACUUCCGUGUCCUCGGCUUCCACAUCAAGCACGCCAGGUUCAAGUGCACUCAGCACACCGACGACUGCUACAUUUACAGUCUUGGAACAGAAGGAUUCAAACCUUACGCCAACUGGCCAGUCUGAGACCUCCGGUACUAGUUCUGGUUCAAGUUCCGGUUCCGGUUCAGGGCUACGAUCCACAAAGUCCCCUAGCGCACCAGCUGCAAUCCAGCCGACAGAUCCGGUGAACACAACACUCCCGAAUAAGUCUACUCCCGUUGGGCAGUCUUCCAAGGCAACUACUCCUGAGAGUGCUUCAUAG